AUGACUGACUACAUGUGUGGAAGGUUUAAGCUUUUGAGAAUAUAUUUCCCCGAUGAAUUAAACAGAUCUACAAGUUAUGAUUUUCAUGGUUUAGGGAAUAUUCAGAAUUAUUGCCCUACUGUAGGUUCAGGAAACAAUAAAAAAUGCAAUACUAAUCUCGAUAAAAUUAAGGCUGGAUGUUUAUGGUUAUUUGAACAAAAUAUUAUUAAUAAUACUGAUAGUUUAAGUAAAGAACAGAUUGAAAUUAUUAUUACAUACAUUAUGACAUGGUUAAGUUAUAAACUAAAUCAAAAUUCACCUGAAAAAUUCCUCAAAUUUAAAGAUUUUUAUACUAAUCAUAUAGAAAAUAAUACGGAUUAUAAUAAUUGUAAAAAAAAAAUAAAAAAUAAUAAUUAUGAAGAUUGUAGUAAUAAAUUAAAAGAAAAAAUGGGAUAUAAGAAUUUUAAGGAGUUCAUAGAAGCAAAAAAAUGUUUGAUGGAUAUUGAUAUUAAAGAUAUGUCUAAAUUUUAUGAGGCACUUAAAUUAUUAUGUAUAAUGUAUACUGAGUAUAAUGCAGACAAGUCAAAUUGCACAAAAUGUUUGGGAGAUGCAAAUAACUUUGUUGUAAAAUAUGACCAGCUUAACAAAGAUCACAGCAUUACUAAAGAUGGUCUCUAUAAUAAACUAUUUUCUACAUUAUCAACUGAUUAUAAUAGCUUAAAAGAUAUAUGUAACGAUACUUCAACCUUUCCACCGAUAAAUACAACACAAGUUUCUGUAACAAAUUCUGUAGAUAAUACUGUACAAGGUUUUGAAGCUACAUCAUCAAAUCCGUCGAUAAUAAGCAAAUUAAUUCCAGUUUUAUCGAUAUUAGUUGCAAUAGCAAUUUUUUUAGGAAUUUCUUAUAAGUAUUCGUUAUUUGGAUUUCGGAAGCGACCUCAAAAACAAUAUUUAAGAAAAAAACUAAAAAAAUAA